AUGGGGCGUGGAUGGACCUACGGAGGACCCCCAGGGUGGUCCUUCAGGAGGACCCCCAGGGUGGUCCUUCAGGAGGACCCCCAGGGUGGUCCUUCAGGAGGACCCCCAGGGUGGUCCUUCAGGAGGACCCCCAGGGUGGUCCUUCAGGAGGACCCCCAGGGUGGUCCUUCAGGAGGACCCCCAGGGUGGUCCUUCAGGAGGACCCCCAGGGUGGUCCUUCAGGAGGACCCCCAGGGUGGUCCUUCAGGAGGACCCCCAGGGUGGUCCUUCAGGAGGACCCCCAGGGUGGUCCUUCAGGAGGACCCCCAGGGUGGUCCUUCAGGAGGACCCCCAGGGUGGUCCUUCAGGAGGACCCCCAGGGUGGUCCUUCAGGAGGACCCCCAGGGUGGUCCUUCAGGAGGACCCCCAGGGUGGUCCUUCAGGAGGACCCCCAGGGUGGUCCUUCAGGAGGACCCCCAGGGUGGUCCUUCAGGAGGACCCCCAGGGUGGUCCUUCAGGAGGACCCCCAGGGUGGUCCUUCAGGAGGACCCCCAGGGUGGUCCUUCAGGAGGACCCCCAGGGUGGUCCUUCAGGAGGACCCCCAGGGUGGUCCUUCAGGAGGACCCCCAGGGUGGUCCUUCAGGAGGACCCCCAGGGUGGUCCUUCAGGAGGACCCCCAGGGUGGUCCUUCAGGAGGACCCCCAGGGUGGUCCUUCAGGAGGACCCCCAGGGUGGUCCUUCAGGAGGACCCCCAGGGUGGUCCUUCAGGAGGACCCCCAGGGUGGUCCUUCAGGAGGACCCCCAGGGUGGUCCUUCAGGAGGACCCCCAGGGUGGUCCUUCAGGAGGACCCCCAGGGUGGUCCUUCAGGAGGACCCCCAGGGUGGUCCUUCAGGAGGACCCCCAGGGUGGUCCUUCAGGAGGACCCCCAGGGUGGUCCUUCAGGAGGACCCCCAGGGUGGUCCUUCAGGAGGACCCCCAGGGUGGUCCUUCAGGAGGACCCCCAGGGUGGUCCUUCAGGAGGACCCCCAGGGUGGUCCUUCAGGAGGACCCCCAGGGUGGUCCUUCAGGAGGACCCCCAGGGUGGUCCUUCAGGAGGACCCCCAGGGUGGUCCUUCAGGAGGACCCCCAGGGUGGUCCUUCAGGAGGACCCCCAGGGUGGUCCUUCAGGAGGACCCCCAGGGUGGUCCUUCAGGAGGACCCCCAGGGUGGUCCUUCAGGAGGACCCCCAGGGUGGUCCUUCAGGAGGACCCCCAGGGUGGUCCUUCAGGAGGACCCCCAGGGUGGUCCUUCAGGAGUCGUACAUUGACGUUUAA